UUUGGAAGCAUUCCCUUUAUACAUAAAGGGUGCAUCCAGAAAGUCUGAUGCUUAACAACCCAAGAGAAAGUAUUUAAAAUUCACUUUGACAAUCUUGCCGUCGUACCAACGGCAGUAUUUCAACAGUGCUUACAAUGAAGUCCUCUUCCUGCUUCGCGGUGAAGAACAAUAACUACAUUGAGUUCACAAAGUCUCACAAUAGACAGAAGGAAAUGGGAGGAGUACGACAUGACUGCGCUUUGGUCGAUCUUAUCGUGUGUUUAUAACUGAAAAGGCCAUGAAGAUGAGCUUGGCAUGCAUUCUCAUUUUUAUUCAGCUCUUUGAAGCCUCUGCAGAGUUGAUCUUCAGGCAGCGGACAGAGAGCCAGUCACUGGAGCUCUCCUGUUCCCCUCAGCAGGAGCACAGCACCCUGAUCGGCCUCCACCUGUUCCACCGCAGCGCCCAGAGCCAGACCACCCUGCUGUCCAUGGCCACGGGCGGCGGGCUGAGGGUCAACGCGGGACACAGGGGGCGUCUGCAGCUCGGCGGAGGUCUGCACUCCCUGCAGGUCAACGUGACCUUGAACCUUUUACAGCGCAGUGACACCGGACUCUACACGUGGGAGCUGAGCUACGGAGUGGAGAACAGCUCUGACCGGAUCCUCCUCAGUGCUCCAAAGGUUUUCUUGUUGGUUGAAGGGACAGGGAGGUCAUGCCAGUGCUCUCCCAGUUACCCUCCUCUGCUGCUGACCAUCUUUACAGUCGUGGUGCUUCUUCUACUCACACUCAGCUGGCUGGCCAUUGAGAAAUGUGUGAAGGCGAGGCAUCAUCACAGAGCGCAACCUCCGGUUCCUAUCUAUGAGGAAAUGACCAGGAAGGAGCAGAGUAUGGGGGUCCCCCAAAAUAACCCUGAAGCCCCCUCGCACCUGGAGGAAGUCAACUUCCCGGUGUACGCUAACCCCAACAUCCGACAACCACAGGACAACUACUACGCCUGUCCCAGACAGCUCGCCCUCAGAGCCUGACGUGCAGCUAGAAUUGACAGGAAAUGACAUCAGCUCUACAACAAGUGUGAGGCGACUCCCAUCCAGGACGUAAAACACAUAUUUUGGUUUGAUGGAACAAAUAAAAAAAUUUUAACAGCCAAGAAAAAAAUGCUAUUUUAUUAAUAUUUGAAAGAAGCUCCAUAGUUCAUGAAAACAUUUGUUUCGGUGCAUGUCAUUUAACGAUCACAUUCUAUGAGGAAAAAGAGAUAUAGAGAGAAAAAAUAACAUUACAAGCCACUGACUUUUCAUUAAAUCUCAGUACAGACAUUUCUACUCAAUAUUCAAAAAAAGAAAAAAAGGCAAAAAAAGGAGAGAAAAAAGCAGCCGUAAUCCCACAUCACCCCCCCCCCCCCUCUUAAAAAAUAAACCUAACUGAGAAAAGAAAACCCUUGAGGGUGACAGGCUAGAAUCCCACAGUGCUAAAGAGUGAGACGCUCAUUGGUUUUAGGAAUACACAGCAUGGCGAUGUAGCGCUAGGUCUGAAUCUGAAUUGAGGGAAGGAAGCUGGAGGCAGAGGGCUAUACAUGUAUCACCUCCCUCGCCACCCCCUUCAAAAUAAAAUAAAAACACAUUGGAUACCAAAAACCCCGGCAAUAGAUCAGCAAUAGAUCAGGCCAUAACCCCUCAUAACCCCCUCCCCCCCAAAAACACUUGUGCAUAGUUUCAUGAUCCUUUACAACCAGCUCAUGUUUUACAAACAAAAUGUGAAAAAUGUUCCAUAAAAGUCUGAUUUCUCUAUUAAUAAUACCCGCUGUGGGAGAAUGAGAAAGAGGAAAGAGUAAUGCACAAUGUUCCUGAUUCAGUCAGGACGGGACCUCAUUAAGAAAACACAAUAAAGAUUCAAACAUACAGCAUUUUGCAUGUCAUUCACUGUCUUUCAUUUUUUUAACAAUCAAAAUCAUUGACCUUUUUGUUUUUAAAUGUAAAGCAAUUUUAAUAUAUAGAUUUAUAUAUAAAGCACUCAAUUUUCAUUUAAAGUCCAUUAUUUGGUUAUUAUGUAACUGCUACGGAUUUAGAAACAAAAGGUAUUUUCUCUUCCUCUGAAAUCCAUAACUUUCAGUGCUUAGAAUUGUUUCUUUUAAAUCAUCCUUUUUUUUUUUUUUUACUCAUCAUAAAAAUGUACAUUAAAAUGGCGUGGAGUCGGUACUCUGGAACCCUGGCCUUCCUGAGACAAGAUCCACUUUUUCAUGUGUGUGCAAGAUAGUGAGCAAUUAUGUCUUUUUUUCUUUUCUUUUUUAUAUAAAGGAAAAAUAUAUAUAAUCAACAUAAAACAUACAGGCUUCAGAUAGUCAAUGAAAUCAACAUGAACACAGAACAAAGAAGGUGAAACAGAACAAGACUGUUCAAUCCCAGAGUUCUGAAAGUAGCGCAAGAAAUAUUCAUUCUUUGAAGUGUGUUGCACUUUUUUUUCUCUUCUUUUUUUUUAAUGGAAGCAUUUGUCCUUUUUUCCCCCCAACAUUCCCAUGGUUGAAUUCCUUUGUGUUGUUGAUUUUUUUUUUUUACUCCAGAAAUAAACAAAGUGUUUGUAAACCGUCAGUGGCCUUUGCAGGAAAACAAACGACGACAUGAGUGAGUUGAACAGAAUGAAAACAGAACGAAAGCUAACAAACCCAAAAGGUAGGCACCUCUGAAGCGAGCCCUACGCCGAGGCUCAGUCUGAUGUCGUGUCCUUCAAUCUCUCCGUUGCUCAGAUUCGGGGGAGCUGAAGUCCUUCUCCCUAAAUCUAUGGCCACAGGUCUGCAAAAUACUUUUUCUUUGCUGAAUUUUUUUACAUUUUCUUUUUAUACACGUGAUUUUUCUUCAUCUUUUCUUCUCAGGUUUUAUAGUCCGAAAAAUGGUGCAAUACUCAAUUAUGAUCCAUACUUUCUUGGAUUAUUCCACAAUGAAAGCCACUAAGGUAGAUACACAUUACAUUUUUAAAAACACACUUAUUUUAGUCCUUGAGUAAACAUUUACACAUGAACUGUCCCCGUCUCCCCUCAGUACUUGUAUCAUGUUGUUCGUUUAGCUGGAUGAGGGGUGAGGCCGACACUCAGUGCAACGCUAGAGGCUAGUAACAAUUAACAUCAGAAUAUAGUUUUCGACAAGCAAAAAGAAAAUAAAACAAAAUAAACGACAAAAGUAUACUGAAUUGAAAAGAACCACAAGGCGGAAUUUCCUCCGCUGUAAUCACGAGCUCUCAUACAUAUGUUCACCUUAUACACUAAACAUUCAUCCGUACAACACAGUACAAGCAGCCUUGUGCAAACACUCAAAUACAACAGAUGUAAAUUUGUCUUUAUAUCGAUCUUUGUUUUCAACAACACUCGUUUUUCAAAUUUAAUUCACUCUGAACCGAUGCUAUCAAAAAAUCUCUGACGUUUAUGAAUGAGACAAAAAAUCACUACAAAAAAGUGUUCACAUUACAUUAUUGGCGCUUCUUUUGAUUCAAGUAUUUGUUUUCAUUAUUUUGUAUUACUCUGAUAUGUUUAUGAUCUUGUCUUCCGGGAAAUAUAACGUUGAGGAGGAUCCACAGGGUAAGGGCCAAAGCCAGGGCGGGUUGUGGGGCUGAGGCCAAGAGGGAAACAAAGAGAUCUAGCCAUAUACACACACAUACACCCAUUAUGUCAUCUUGGUUGUAUGCAUGUAUUAAGUAUAUAUAUGAACUAGCAUGUGCAUAUUCAACCCAGACCUUUGUUUUUGUAUUUUUAAGAGUGAUUUGCUCAUUCAACUCUUUUCGGGGCCCCGGACCCUCGUCUGAUCCAUGAUUGAGACGCAAAUAUUUGCUGGAGCUCCAGUUGCCUUUAGGUCGGUGUGACUUUCAAAAAGGGAGAGCGUCUGAUUUCCAACACGAGACGGGUAGAUAAGAGUGCAGGCGCGGGACGCGGGAGGGGGCGGGGCUCUCAGUGCUGAGCCAAAAAAAGACCCAGGGCACAUCUGAGACUUGACCUCCGUCCCAGUCACCCACCCUCCUCCUCCUCCUCCUCCUCGAUUCCACUUCCGGCGCCAGUUGCUUGAUUCAAGUCCAGUGUGGAGUUAAUGCAACGAACAAACAGAGACGGACAACACAGGCAAUAGUGAUUGUUUUGUUGAAUGAGUCUAUAGAGCGACUCUGGAAGAGGGCGAAUCCCGAACGUUUUUUAAGACUUGGUACCUAACUUGAGGUGCGCCCCUAUUUCUGCCGAUGCGUCGGGUCCCCGCCCAAGAAGCCAGACGAGCAGAAGUGACCGGUCUUACAUAC